UACCAAACUAAUAUAAUAAUAGUAAAAAUAAAUAAAAAGUAUUUUCCUGCCUUUCUAAUUUAAGUCAAAAAAUUUGGAAAAUACGGAAACAUUUCAAUCGUCAAGUUUCUUUACACAGAUCUUUCCCGAAAACAGAGAAAAAAGAAAAUGUCGAAAUCGCCAUGGGGGAAAAUCGGCAACUGGGCCGCCGAAGCCGAGCGCGCGGAGGCCGAGGAGCGUGAAGCCGCGGAGAAAGCCGCCGCUUCCGCGCCGUCGCCGACCUUUCCCAGCCUGAAGGAGUCCGUGACGACGGCGAAGCAGAAGAAGAAUACCAAGAUGACCCUGCAGGAGUUCACGAUGAAGCAGACCACCCCCUCCGUCCCUGCCUCGAGCCGCGGCCUGACGCCGGAGGAAAUGCUCCGCCUCCCCACCGGCCCCAAAGAGCGGUCCCCCGAUGAAAUGCAGCACGGCCGAUUGGGCGGUGGGUUCAGUAAUUACGGGCCGCGACCCGGGUACGGAGGCCCGAACUCGGGUCGUCCCCGCGAGUACGAUGGCCGGAGGUCGUACGGAUUUGAGGACGACAAUCGGAGGGGACCCCCUCCGGAAUCUAGGGUUGCGGAUUUGAAUCAGCCUUCGCGAGCUGACGAGGUUGACAAUUGGGCUUCGAUGAAGAAGCAAACCCUACCCGAUUACAAUUCUCGCCAGGAAAGGCCCGGCGGGAGCUACAGCUCGCUCGGCGGAGGCGGGGGCCCUGGCGCCGGAUCGCGGGCCGACGAAGUAGACAACUGGGCCUCUGUCAAGAAGCAUUUCCCGCAACCACAGCAGGCUAGAUCUUCGGGCUUCGGGUCGGGAUUCCCCAGGUCUGAGUCGGAUCGUUGGACGCGUAAUGAGCAGAGAUCGGCUGUCGACACUCCAAAGAUGGAAAUUGAUGUGGGCCCCAAAGUCGAGAAGCCUAAUCCAUUUGGGAUGGCCCGGCCUAGGGAGGAGGUCUUGGCUGAGAAAGGAUUGGAUUGGAAAAAGCUGGAUUUGGAGAUCGAAGGUAAGAAGCAGUCUUCGGUCAGUGGUGGGAGCAGGCCCACGAGCUCGCAUUCGAGCAGGCCCGGGAGCCAACAGUCGAGCAGGUCAGACUUGCCUGUGGCUGUGGGGGGUGAAGGGGUUGUCAAAGAAAAACCAAAAGUGAAUCCAUUUGGUAAUGCUAAACCUAGAGAAGUCUUGCUCGAGGAAAAGGGUUUGGAUUGGAAAAAACUCGAUCUUGAGCUGGAACAUAGACGGGUCGAAAGAAUGAUGGCUGUUGAGAAGUUCUGCUUCUGGUUGAAUUACCAUGCAUUGUUCAAAAUAGGGCCCGAGACAGAGGAAGAAAAGAAUCUCAAGGAAGAAAUCGAGCACUUGAAAACCGAGCUGCUAAAAAAACCCGUUGAAGACCAAACCGCGACACUCAAUCUGAUACGUCAAAAGGAAAGUGAUUUGGAACUUCUCGUCCGCCAGCUGGACGACAAAGUCCGUUACAGUCAAAAAAUAUUUGAAAGGAAAAGCUCUGGCCCUUUUACGGGUUCAGGCUUUAACGAACGACCUCCUUCUCGACCAGGAUCACAAGAUGAGCAGCGUAGGUUUGGCUCUCUUGACCGGCCUCCAUCAGGACAUGGCAAAUUUGAAGAACCCAAUUUUUAUGAGAAUUCGAGAGAGAGACCUCCUUCGAGACAGGGAGCUUAUGAAGAGCCUAGGUUCGGGUUUGUCGAUAGGCCUCAUUUGAGGCAUGGAGGGUAUGAGGACCCCAGAGUUUUGGAGUACAAUGAGAGGCCACGGUCACGUGGGGCUACUGGGAAUUCAUGGUCGAGAUCGAGUGAUGAGAGAAGAUCAUUUGGAGGGAGAGGAUUCACCGGUGGCCGAGAGACUCACAGGUCAGGGUCAAGGUGGUAACUUGCUAGACUGGAGAUUCUUUUGUUCUCUGUUAAUAGUCAAUCUGACUAGAAAGCAAAUUAUACUUUUGGCACCUUUUUAUUCAAACUUCUCAUAAUUUUGCUGUGAUGAAAGGAGCUUAAUUUAUUGAAAUGUAUGGAAUGUAGAACUCCUUUGUUUUUCGUUUGCAUUCGGGAUCUUUCAGUAGUCGGUUCAAUUUGCCAUAUUCUUCCGAGGGACUUUGUAAUGCAAGCAGCAAACUCUACCGGAGGGUCCUUUUCUGUUUAGCUUAUUGCAUUUUUUGUAUUAUUUGUUGAUCUGAAAUCUUUUUCUGCUUUUGUUUAUGGGCAAUUUUUUUUUAACCAUUGCAUUUUAGUUUUCCUUUUCCCCCCUUUGUUUUGGAAAUAUAAUUAGAUGAUGUAUUCUACUAU